AUGGAGCUGUGCACAUUUCGGUUCCCCAGUACGAACAUCAAGAUCACGUUCACUGCGCUGGCGAGCGUCAAGCGUGAGAAGCAGGAACUGGAGUCUCCGGUGAAAGCGGUUCAGCCACAGAUCUCCCCUUUAACCAUUAACAUCCCAGAUAACAUCGCUCACCUCAUGAGCCCCCUGCCCUCGCCCACCGGCACCAUCAGCGCUGCCAACUCGUGUCCAUCCAGUCCGCGUGGUGCGGGAUCGUCCGGUUACAGACUGGGCAGGAUCGUGCCUGACCUGCAGCUCAUGAAUGAUAACUCUCAGUCUGAGAACGACAAAGAGGCAUCAGAAGGAGACAGUCCAAAGGAUGACUCCAAACCCCCGUACUCGUAUGCUCAGUUGAUCGUUCAGGCAGUAACGAUGGCACAGGACAAGCAGCUAACACUAAACGGCAUCUACACACACAUCACCAAGAACUACCCGUACUACAGGACAGCAGAUAAAGGCUGGCAGAACUCGAUUCGUCAUAACCUGUCACUGAAUCGGUACUUCAUCAAAGUCCCACGCUCACAGGAAGAGCCGGGCAAGGGCUCAUUCUGGAGGAUAGACCCGUCAUCUGAGAGCAAACUCGUGGAGCAGGCAUUCAGGAAACGCCGGCCACGGGGCGUCCCGUGCUUCAGGACCCCGCUGGGACCCCUCUCAUCCAGGAGCGCACCGGCGUCGCCCAAUCACUCGGGCGUUCUCUCCGCCCACUCGAGCGGUGUGCAGACCCCCGACAGCCUAUCACGGGAAGGCUCACCUGUUCCCAUGGAGCCAGAGCCUGCCUCUGCCCCGCCCCCUGCUGCUGCUUCCGCUGCUGCCGUCCAACCCAAGCUAGCUGUGAUUCAAGAGGCCCGUUUUAUCCAGAACACCACAGCGUCUCCCAUCACCACACAGCCGGUUCUGAUUGCGGUCCAGCGUCCGUUAACGCAGACGAUCAAACCCGUCACGUACGCUGUGGCCGCCCCCGUCACGUCCUCCACGUCUGCGCAGCCGCUGAUGCAGACGGUGCACGUGGUGCAUCAAAUCCCUGCGGUGGCCGUCAGUACUGUUGGCGGAGCAAGCCUGCACCACGCCAUCAAAACAGAAACGCUGGAGAAUGGAGAGGAGGUCAAAGUGAAGGUAGAGUCAGUUCCUGGCAUCACUCAUGGCUCUAUAGGCUCAGCCAAUAGGAUCAUUCAAAACAGCACUGCAGCCACACCCCUCCAGAUGGUUACCAUAGUGCAACAAGCCCCAUUGGGCCAGCACCAACUGCCAAUCAAAACCAUCACCCAGAAUGGCACUCAUGUAGUGCCCAUCGCCACAGCAAUACAGAGCCAGGCUAACGCAGUGUCGAGUCCUUUACACAUGUUGGCCACUCACGCCUCGGCAUCCGCCUCCCUCCCCACGAAGCGGCAGAAUGGAGAAAAUGGCAGCGAGCCACCGGAGAGCAAACGAUUGAAAAUCGAGGACGAAGAACACGCAGUCACCACCGACCCGAACGGAACCGCUGCGGACACAAACUCCACCAACCAGCACAACUAGUCGCCCAUUAACC